AUGCCUCGACCGCCUGCUAGACGUGGGCGUCGCCCAAAGGCUGUGAAGGGUCCCGGAGCAGCUGCUCCAUGCGGUAGCGCACAGCUUGCAGAGAGUGAUAAUGUAUUGGUGGUUAUUCCAAAGCCGAACAACAAGGCCCAGGUCCAGCCGCUCGAAGGUCAAGACGACGGAUGUACAGAGAGGAGUUGCGAUGAGGCCCGCAGGGAGAAUUUGUGUGAAUCGACGUCCUCCCAGAGGCAAGAAACGGUAGUCCAUGAGGUCAAUGAAGAAGAAAGCGGUUUGAGAGCGGGUCUGGGACUGAGACACCAAACACCGAUGGCGAAACAGUUGAACGACACGAAAGGAGUCCCUACCGCAAAUGGCCUUGGGUCUUCCGUUCGCGCGAGAGCUCUCCUUUCCAAUCCCCGUAACAGAGGCGACGCCAGUUCGAGAGUGCAAAAGAUGGGAACACCUGCGUUCGAAAGCUCGAUGUUGAGCAAUUUCCGACGCCGCCCACGACAGCCCAGUAUCCUACAGAUGAUGCAAGGGGAUCCAUCUUCCGAGCUUGAUGACGACGAUUGUUUUCUGGGUAGUUUUGACCCAGAUGAUGAAUCUACUCCCCUAAAAUCUCCAAGCCGCAAGAACAUCCGUCAAGGCCGCUUAUCUACCCCAUCUUCGACGCCACGGGAUUUGCCUGCCCGGUCUUUAAAUAAAAAGAGAAAGGCAGACACAGAUAUUCAGGUGCAGGUUUCUCGGUCUCCCGAGCCAUCUGAACUAGUUGUUAUUAGAACUCAGGAAAGCGCCGAGGACAGUGCCUCUGAAGAUGACAUGCUCCCUACUCCAAGAGGAGCCCAGCCACCCGAUCCGCCCGAAAUACUAAGCCAGACGAUGAUGCCCCCUGAGAGUAGCCCAGCUCUGCCAACCGAUAGACAACCAUCACAUGGUGAACAUCUAGAAAAUACUAGCCCAUCGCCCAUUCCAAUACCUGACGUCCGAGUUUCUACUGCAGCACUGAGAGAAAAAUUUCUUCCGCACCGGCGACUCCGCCAUAAACACAGAGAGGCAAAUGAUAAUGAUGGGUCCAACUCAGAUGACGGUGAACACGACAACUAUUUUAGCGACUAUUCUGGUGCACUUGAAGCUGAUCAAGACGAGUUGAGUUAUUCUACGUCGAGAGCGCCUAGAAAGCGGAAGAAUGUGAUGGGAGCGAAUAAAGGGGCGAGGAACAAUAAAAUUGGAGGGCCUGAUGUUCGGGGUAGCCAGCAGGGUCCAAGGAAGCGGAAACCACCGGCCAAGUCGGCGAACAAUCCAACUUCCAGGAAGUCCCAGCCAUCACAAUCGAAAAGAGGGCAUGGUAUCACUUAUUCCUUGUCCCGGCAUGCAGCACUUGAACAAGACAAAGAAAACCAAUUAGCCCAAACGACAUCCUCUCCUCCAGCCACCACCACCGAUGCUUUACCACCAUUGAGUGAAGAACUCCGCCUACAGGCACGAAAAUUCGCGGAAAUUAGCAAGUGGCGCCUAGAGUUUGAGGAUGCCACUCCGACAUCCGGCGGGAGUAGUCUGUUCCGAUGA